AUGGCCCUGAUCGAAAAAUCGACCGGGGAAUCCCCUCAGCCCUCGGAAAUCCCGCGAUGGCGCAUGAUUUUCGACCCAGGCUGUGUUUCCCAGUCAAUAAUCGACCAUGAAUACACUGGUUCCGGCACAGAAAAAGAUCCAUACCAAGUCUCCUGGAUAGAGAAUGAUCCGCGUAAUCCUAUGCUGUUUUCUGCGGUCGCUAGGUGGCUUAUCACGAUCCUGGUGGGAAUCGAGACUUUGUCGGUGGCUUUGGUGUCGUCAGCCUACUCCGGCAGCAUUCAAGAAAUCAUUGCCGAAUUCCAAGUGAGCGAGGAAGUGGCUUUAUUGGGGAUUUCGCUCUUUGUCUUGGGAUUCGCCGUCGGCCCCUUGUUUUGGGCACCCCUGAGUGAGCUUUACGGGCGUCGAUAUGUCCUUAUCGCGAGCGCAACAGGGUUAACAGCCUUCACAGCGGGUACGACCGGGUCGAAGAAUAUAUGGACAUUGAUUAUACUUCGAUUCUUCGGAGGUUGUGUUGGAUCGGCCCCGUUUGCCGUUUCUGGUGCGGUGAUCGCGGAUACAUUCCCUUCAAUUAUCCGUGGUCUUGCCAGUGGCUUAUACUGCGCUGCACCGUUCCUCGGUCCAACCCUGGGCCCCAUUGUCGGGGGCUUCUUAUCAGAGGCAGCUGGCUGGCGAUGGGUGGAAGGUCUAGUCGCGUGCUUUUCGGCGCUCUUUGGUAUUGUGUGUCUACUUACCCUGCCUGAGACUUAUGCGCCCGUUCUACUCAAGAAACGCGCUGCACGCCUCUCUUCUAUUACGGGCCAUGUUUACCGUAGCAAAAUCGAGAUUGAGCAAGGUGUUAAACACCCGGCGACGGUCUUUAAGAUUGCACUUUGUCGGCCAUGGGUUUUGCUUUUCAGCGAACCUAUUGUCCUGCUCCUGUCCAUCUACCUUGCGAUCAUUUAUGGAAUCUUGUACAUGUUCUUUGCGGCCAUGCCUAUCGUCUUUGACACAGGCCGUGGAUGGAGCGAGGGAAUUACCGGCCUUUCCUUCUUGGGAAUAUUGGUUGGAAUUCUGUUCUCAGCGGUAGCUACGUUCCCAAUGUACUAUCGUUACCGCCGAAGAGCUCUUUCAACAGUCGGAAGAGUACCCCCCGAAGCUCGACUUCUCGACACCUUCGCGGGAGCAAUUCUGCUACCAGUUGGACUGUUUUGGUUUGCCUGGACGUGUCAACCUUCAAUACAUUGGAUAGUUCCGAUCGCAGCUGGUAUUCCAUUUGGAUACGGAAUGAUCACCGUGUUCUUGCCUAUUCUGAACUAUCUCAUCGAUGCAUACACGAUCUAUGCGGCUUCUGUGCUAGCUGCCAAUGCCUCGUUGCGGUCGACGUUUGGUGCUGCCUUCCCUCUGUUUACCACACCGAUGUAUAAGAAUCUCGGUAUACACUGGGCUUCGUCGGUUCCUGCGUUUUUGGCCCUUGCAUGUGUACCGCUACCCUUUCUGUUCUACAGGUACGGUACUGGUAUUCGAAAGCGGUGCCACUAUGCUGCUGAAUCUGAUGCUGUCAUGGAGAAGUUAUAUGGGAAGCCCGCUGCCCCACAGUCACCUGUCUCAAGCCAAGCAUCCAGCAAUGCCUAG